GCUGACUGUCCCCCUCCCUGCCGCGACCGAGUGCUGUGCGCUCUGUGCCCUCUUGCUGCACAUCCUAGCUGACCCCGUGAUGCAAGGUCGCAGCCAGCACGCAUUCGUCUUCGACCCUGCCAAGUUUAGGUCGCAGCGCAAUCACGAUCAACAGCUGCCCCUAAUCUGAGCACACUUCCCCCAUCACCACGUGCGACCACUUUGCACUUGUCGCUGAAGCCUGCCGCAAAUCGCCAGAUAUCAGCCAGUCCCCACAGCCGCUCAAAACGCUCGCAGCCGACCAUUCUCAGGGCGCCCGCUGCCCUUGCGUGCAGCCAGCAUGUCGGCGCCAGCCCCAUCGUCGCCAGCCGUUGUUCGACGACCUCCGCACAGCGACCGCCCAACCCGCUCGCAAAGCACCACCACCCGCCCCAGCGGGCAUCCGCAGCACUUGAAAGACGUCUCACGCCGCGACUACGAGCAGACCAACGUGGCAGCUUAUUCCCCGUCGCGACACAGCGAAUCACGAGAAGCUCCACCACAGCGCACCGAGUCGAGCAGGCGCCAUUCGCGGUAUGCUUCAGACGCCUCGACGGCCAGCGCAAUGCCUACAAACGGCGUAGCCACUGAAACCACGAGAGGCGGGCAGCCAGUGCCAGCAAAGCGCCGGACGACCAUCACAGCCCCAAGCACAGGAACAUGGGCGCUCGGCAAGACGAUCGGUGCGGGCAGCAUGGGCAAGGUGAAGCUGGCGAAGCACAACGAAAGCGGUGAGCAGGUGGCCGUCAAGAUAGUGCCUCGACAGUCUCAGGACCAGCACCAGAGCGCCGCCGACCGCGAAAGAGCCGACCACUCCAAGGAAGUCCGGACUGCACGAGAGGCUGCUAUUGUCAGUCUGCUCAACCACCCUUACAUAUGCGGCAUGCGAGAUGUCGUACGGACCAACUACCACUGGUACAUGCUCUUCGAAUUCGUCAACGGCGGACAAAUGCUCGACUACAUCAUCUCCCAUGGGCGUCUUAAGGAGAAGCAGGCCCGCAAGUUUGCUCGUCAGAUCGCCAGUGCGCUCGACUACUGCCACAGAAACAGCAUUGUCCACCGUGACCUGAAGAUUGAGAACAUCCUCAUCAGCAAAACCGGCGACAUCAAGAUCAUCGAUUUCGGCCUGAGCAAUCUGUUCUCGCCUCGCAGCCAGCUGAAGACGUUCUGUGGUAGUCUGUACUUCGCCGCUCCUGAGUUGCUGCAAGCGAAGCAGUACACCGGUCCUGAGGUCGAUGUCUGGAGUUUCGGCAUUGUCCUCUACGUCUUGGUCUGCGGCAAGGUACCGUUCGAUGACCAGAGCAUGCCACAGCUGCACGCAAAGAUCAAGAAAGGACACGUUGAUUACCCUCCAUGGUUGUCUGCGGAAUGCCGGAGCUUGAUCCACCGCAUGUUGCAGACGGAUCCCACGCAACGAAUGACGCUUUCUGAGAUCAUGAACCACCCAUGGUUGACCAAAGGAUUCAACAGCCCACCGGAAAACUACCUGCCUCACCGUGAACCUCUGCAGCUCCCGCUUGACCCGGAGAUUGUCGAGAAGAUGACUGGCUUUGACUUUGGUACCCCCGAAUACAUCACCACUCAACUGACCAACGUCAUCCAAUCUGAAGAGUAUCAGCGUACUGUGCGCCUUGCUGCACGGAGGACUACAACUCAAACACCGGAGACUGAGAGAAAACGUGGCAUGUUCGACUUCUACAAGCGACGAAACUCGAUAUCUAGCCGAGAGCAGCUGACUGCUUCCUCCUCUGAAGAGGUGUCCAGAGGUCUAGACCCUGUCAAUGCUUACAGUCCUCUCAUCUCAGUCUACUAUCUGGUCAGGGAGAAGAGAGAUCGCGAGCGAGCUGAAGAGAACCCAGGUGCAGUAGCCAUGCCCCAGAGCCCAGGAGAGAAGCCGUUGAAGAUGCCCGACCUCCCUGCACCACCGCCAGCGUACACAAACGCUGCCACCUACGAGAUGGCAGGCGAGAAGCCCACCGGUGGACGGUCGCGACCCCGGGCAAGGACGCACGGUGAGGAUGAGGUGACUGAUAGCUUGAAGAGGGUGGAUCUCAACAAGCCCCCUGGUUCUGUCUCGCCAGCUGUACUCACACCGCCGGUAGAGCAACCCAAGAGGGAAGGCUCUGUUGGAGGAUUGUUGCGACGCUUCAGCACACGCAAGUACCGACACGAUAGAGGUCAGGCUGAUGUGCCGCCUACACCACCGACACCAGCUGUCGCAAUUUCGAGCCCUUCAGAGCCGCCGCCUCAAGCGCCUGCGACUGUACCAAGGAAAAGCUUCAGCAUCCGCAGACCCCGUGAUAGGGAUACCGGGUCUUCGUCUCAGCUACCCUCGAAUACCGCAAAUCAGCCAGAGCUCUUGUCACCUCACGGCAGCACUAACAGCACUGCACGGAAACUCAAGGUACUUGGACGGUCGACCAGUGUUAAUUCCGCCGAUUUCCGCCGACGCCUCAGCCGCCGCGGUAGGUCAACAGAAAACACGGGCGAUCGUGAGCCUCCACCAACAAGUGGCUCAGAUAGGUCAGACCUCAGCACUCAGCAGCCUAGACCUAGCUACGAUCCUGGGGCCGAUGAUAUUACAUCGAGCCCGCGGAGAAACCAGGCAUCUCGCGCGAAGUCUUUGGGCCAUGCACGAAGAGAAAGCAUUCAGGCUAGGCGAGCAAAGCGAGAGCAAGCCAGAGAAUCGAACGUACCUGAGGAGACUGAUGCCGAGCUGGCCGAAUCUGCAGCUGAAGCUGAGGAGGCCAGAAGCCCUGACGCCGUGAAGCCUGUCUUCCUGAAGGGCUUGUUCAGUGUCUCCACAACCAGCAGCAAGCCAGUGUCGUUCAUACAAAACGAUCUGAUCCGAGUGCUCCAACUACUUGGAGUCACCUUCCAGCCUAUCAAAGGAGGUUUCAAGUGUCGACAUGCUCCCAGCAUCGACCUGAAUAAGGCUCCUGACAUGCCAACAUCCCCUCCAAGCGGCAGCCAUAGGAGGAAGAUUAGUUUUGGAGGGUUGAUCGGCGGCGACCGUGAUAAAGAGCGAGAAGAGUUCAGAGAGCAGAACCGCGCUCCUCAUACACCAAAGUCACGAUCUCGACCGUCUCCCGCGGAUCAUAGCUUCACUAACACCGACGAUUCUGAUGACAGUGACGAGAGAAACGAACGCCGACCCCGUGCGGGACGCGCACUGGCUGCUGGAGAGACAACAACACACGUGCAAAGCGAUCUAGGCGAUCUCGCGCCUCUUGUUUUCGAGGUUCUGAUUGUCAAAGUACCACUUCUACAACUACACGGCCUGCAGUUCAAGAAGGUUGAUGGUGGAACCUGGCAAUACAAGAGCAUGGCACAAAACAUCCUGGAGCAACUACGGCUGUAAGUGAUGGGCUCUGAGCACGGCGUUUUGGGUGAAGCAUCAUUUGUUUUUCAUGAGAAGGGGAUAGUGUGUUAAUCGAAGUAAUUUGAAGAUUGUGCAUGAUCUGGGCUACAUUGACUAGUUUCGAGAUCCAUUUAGGCUUCAUCAAUCUAAACAAUGAUUUGGCA